GCCCGCAGAGCCAAGAUGGCGGCUUGGAAAGUGGUGUAUCUCGGGCAGCGGCGGACAAGCCCGGAUGCCGAGGGAGGGAGCGGGAGCUGCACCAAGAUGGCGGAGGCUGCAGGAGGUGAAGCUGGUCGCCAGCCGGAGCUGCGCGGCGGGGCGCUGGACAUCAGCUCGCCGCGCUUCGACCCGUACCUGGCGCUGUACAGCCCGCAGCCGCCGCCGCUGCCCUUCCCCGGCGUCCGCACCUUCAACAACGUGGCCGAGUACGAGUCGUUCCUGACGCGGCGGCCGGGCUCCGGCUCCCGCCCCCGGGGUCAGGGCCGGGCCUCGGCUAAAGCCCGCAGUCGCCGCGGCGCAGCGGCCGCCCCCGACCCCGAGCGCAUCGAGCGCCUCAAAAAGCUGAUGGUGGCCGAGGCGAGCGACGAGGAGAAGCCGCGGCCCCGGCGCAGGGACCGCGCCCCCAAAAACGUGAUGACCAGGAUGGCCCUACAUGCGGGCAGUCCUCUGGGCGAACUCUAUCGGUGUGUGCAGGACAGAAUAAAGAUUAGCGUCCACAUCCGGACUUUUAAAGGAUUGCGGGGAGUCUGCUCAGGAUUCGUGGUUGCAUUUGACAAGUUCUGGAACAUGGCACUUGUUGAUGUGGAUGAGACCUUCAGGAAACCGAUCCUCGGGAAAGCUUUUUACAAUGAACCAGUGCUAACUGUUGGCAGGCUGUUUGAUCGGUUAAGGCUUCAAGAAAAAUCCAAAGGAAAGGAACCCGUUUCCAAGCUUACAGAACAAACGGGCUCGUUACCCAAAAGGCUUGUGGAUAGUGGAGCCGGACUGGAUGACAGCAAAAGUUUGAGCUGUGCUGCUAUGCAAGAAACGGCCGAUUCUGCAAACCCGUCUGGAGGUUGUGAUCAGUCGGAGAGGAGUUUCAAACAAACUGGCUUGGAAGCUGGAUCUUGUGCAAAGGAGAAACAGAAAAGGAAAAGGAGAGGCAGGCCCAAGGUGGAUUAUCAGCAGGUUUCUCAAAGACAUGUGAAACAACUCUUUAUCCGAGGUGAAAAUAUCCUGCUCAUCAGUUUGAGGCAGUGAUGAAUUCAACCAAUGGGACUUAUAGGGCAUUGUAUCCAGCAGGCAAGAAGUGGCAAAUGUAUAGUUUGUUCUUGUAAUGCGUCAAGUGCCUGAAAUUUGGUUGCUUCCAUUAGCAGGAAAAACUGAAUUGAUGGUGUAUUGAACAGAAUUUCUUCCAAAUGGAUGUGUUAGUGAAACUCUUGUUUCCUGCACUGAACUGGUUUGGGAUUAGAUUACCUCAAUGAGAACCCGAAUACUGAAACUGAUAGUGCAAUGAUACAGAAUUUUGAUGAAACAAAUGCAUUUACCUGACCAUAUUUUUUGAUAUUUUAAUGCCCGAGUUGAUAGAUUGAAGUGUGUUUGAACAACUUUCCAGUUGUAAAUGGAAAUGCUCCAUAGAUGCUGCUGCACCCGCUGAGUUUCUCCAGCAGUUUUGUGUACCUUCGAUUUUCCAGCAUCUGCAGUUCCUUCUUUAACACUUCCAGUUGUAAAUGACUUGUUUCAAAGUUUUGAAAAAAAAUUGGAACUUGUGUUUCUUUAUUUCUUGAAUUUCUUCAGCACUUUUUUGUCUCUUAGUUUUUCUUUUUAAGAUUACUUUUGAAAGAAGAGCUCUCUUAAAAAUAAAUAAAUACCCAGGUUAGGAAUACUGAAAUAAAAGGUCCAGUUGUCUCACGAAAGGUACAGUUGUGUUGAGUGAAUUUCAGAUUUUGUUACUUACUCGUAGGUCCUCAGCAGAUAGCGACGGGGUUCGGUUCCUGAGAACUGUUCUUAACCCAAACAGUUUACGAGUGGGAACUGAAGUUGGGUACCUUGUUCCCACACCGCAGCUCCAUGGCAGCUGGUAAACCCAUCCUACUGUCCUGCCAAACUCUUGUUUAAAUCCACAUCAGUUGGAUGCUCAUUAGCUGGGGGUGACCUGUGCAGCACAGAAGGAGGGUGUAUGGCCUAUGACACCUGUCAUGUUGUUAGCUGGUUUUGUAACUUUUCUGCUCGAAGGCCAGUACACAUGGGUGAAAAGGCUUCGCUGAAGAAUACAGGUACCAAGGGGAUAAGGGUUACAUAGUUUAUUUAGUCUAUCACAUGAAGUGUACCGUGGGGAAUAUCACUAAAUUGUUCAAAGGUCAGUUUAUUGUCACGUGUACAUUGAAACCUGUUCACAAACAUUGUGAAUGAGAUAACACCAUUUACUGCAAAAUCAAUGUUGGGUCUUGAAAUUGUGAUGGUUCAAUUUUAAACAUGCACAGACAUAGAUAGCAAAUGAACACACCAAGAUGGUCUAUUCUUUGUGCUUCUUCUUUAGUUCAACUCCAGCACUUACCCCACAAGACUUGAUUUCCAUUGACAGUCAGGCUGCAUAAGCCUUCAGCAUUUUUGCAGCAGUUAAUGACACCAUCACCAACUGCCCAGUGUGGGAAGUGACAAUUCCCCUAUCCCGGAGUUUCAAAUUGUGUUGCAUGAAUGUGAUGUAUACAACUUUGAGGAAGCUGUUUUUAAUCUAUGUCAUAUUAAUCUAUGAUCCCCGCCAGUCUAGUUUGGGUACCAUUUGCUUUUUGGGGAUGUGGGCAGUGUUUGUUGUCCAUGCACCUUUGUUGCCAAUAACUAGGCAUUGAUGACCCUAACCAGAGCUUGCAAAUGCAUUCCAGGGCAAGUACCAGUCAACCAUUGUGCUGGGAGUCAGGAGUUACAUGGGCCACAUUGGGCAAGGAUGGCAGAACGACUGUAGAGAAGUAGCCAUUCAUUUUUAAAGACUAACUCGUUAAAAAUUCCAGAUUAAAAGUUGAAUUUCAUUUCCACUAAAACCAGGGUGGAAUUUAAGAUGUGAUUGCUUGGAUUAUAGCCUGGUAUCUUAAAUACGGCUGCAUUAGACAUAGUUGGGCUGGGAAAUGUAAAGCAGGAAGAAUUGUGGCUACUCACUUUCUGAUCUGCAUCCUCUUUUAGAAAUCCAGAGGCAUCAUUUGUGGUAUCUGCAGCUGAGACUUGGUGGUUUGAUGUGAAUUUUAAUGUAAAUGUUAAGCAGUCUCUGAGCUUAUCUAUUGUUCUAAAUGGCUUCAAUUUAGGACUAUGACUAGUUAUUGUUUGAGGAUAAAAAUAGCACAUUUUUAUUAAACUAAUUCAUCAUUCAG